CCCUUGAGGUGCCAACGACGAGAGAGACCGCAUGGGCCGCUCGGCCCGCGACAAGAGACGCCGGCUGCAUGCGGGUUCUUAAUGGCCCGGGCGGCACGGCGCGCACGUCGUCGCGCACGAUGCCUCCUCAUCCUUCCUCGCUGCCGUCCCCUCCCCAUCCUCCCCCAUCCCCACUCCUCCAUCUUCCUUCGCAGCACCAGCCUUGCUCGUCUCGAAGCGCCAUCAUCUCCCGACAACAUCAGAGGACGAUCCGACGGAGCAACCUCGUCGCGAGAUCCUCGCAGAGCAGAGAUUCGCACGGCUCUUCUGUUUAUAGAACUGGCGCCGUCCUAACGCGGCCGAGCGAAGUGCAGGAGCAGAGGAGCUGCCCGGUCCGCGUCCAGUACUUGGCCGAAAGGAUCAGGGCGGUGCCCGCUAGGGACAGGGCCGAGUUCGUCCGCCUCCUGCGGCGUGAUGGGCAGAUGGGGAGCUUGUCCGGGGCCAACGAUCUGCUCGCGGCUCUGGCCGUGGCGCGCGAGCCCGACAUCGCAUUGCAGGUGUUCGACGAAAUGCCGGCUCACGGGUUGGUCCCGGACGCGUGGACGUUUUCGACCCUGAUCGUCUGCCACUGUCUGAAGAACAGUUUGGAUGAUGCUGCGCGGAUCUUGGACUUCAUGGUGGAGAAUGAGCUCCGCCCGAGCGUCGCGACUUUCACGACCCUCGUGAAUUCGUUCUGCAGAAAGGGCGAAUUGCAGAAGGCUUUUGAGGUCGUGGGCGUGAUGAAGAAAGUGGGUUGCGAGCCCACGAUUCAGACGUACAAUUGCUUGAUCAAAGGGUUGUGUUACGUUGGGAGGGUGGAGGAAGCAUACGAGAUGUUGGGGAAGAUCAGCAAGGAAUCAAUUUCGAUCGAGCCGGACAUAUACACAUACACAGCUGUUAUGGAUGGGUUUUGCAAAGUGGGUAGGUCACCAGAGGCCAAGGAAUUGCUUGAUGAAGCUCUAGAGGCAGGGUUGGCUCCGAAUGUGGUCACUUACAAUACUUUGUUCAAUGGGUAUUGCAAAGAAGGGAAGCCAGUGAAGGGCUUUGGGGUGUUGAAGCUGAUGAAGGAGAGAGAUUGCGCGCCGGACCGCAUCAGUUAUAUCACCUUGAUUCACGGCUUGUUGAAGUGGGGGAAGAUAAGGGCUGCAUUGAGGGCUUAUAAAGAGAUGGUAGGAGAUGGUUUUGAAGUUGAAGAGAGGAUGUCGAAUACGUUGCUGAGGGCAUUGUGCAAGAUUUCUUGGAAGGAGAGAGACCUAUUGGAUGAUGCAUACCAGAUGUUCAAGAAAAUGAGAAGCACGGGUUGUGCUAUCGAUGAGAGCUCUUAUGGAUUUAUCAUACAAACGCUUUCAGUGGGGAAUAGAAAUGAAGAAGCUUUGUUCAAUAUGGAGCACAUGAUGACAAUGGGGCAUUCACCAAAAAUGAUUAGCUUAGCUAGAUUGUUGAGAGCACUUUGCAGGGAGGGAAAGCUGGGCAAGGCUUUGUCGGUCCUAAUGGAUGAAAGAUUGGGGCAUCCCAGUAAAGAAGUGUACAACGUGAUUAUAAACGAGUUUAAUCGACAAGGAAGGUGGUUAUGCGCUUGUAAUGUGUAUGGCAUGGCACUGAAGCAAGGUGUUGUGCCCGAGAAGAAGCCAGAAGACGCCAAGGGAAGAGUCUUGGUCAAAUCACGACAGUAACUACCUUCUUGUGUCACUACCAAAGGGAAAUGGCCUCACAGUUCCGAGCAACUUUUUUGUGAAAAUAGCUCUUGAAUUGAAGUCAUCAACAGAGCAAAAUACUAGAACCUUCUGGUUGGCCAGCUUCUUCCUCAGCCCACGUCAAUUGUCAUGACCCUCAAAGUGUCAAAGCAAGCAGAUUAUCUUCCAUUCUUUUGGCAACGACGCCCCGGCAGAGAUAGCCCAACCGUCAUAAAAAGAGAGGCUCGAUGUCAGUUGAUCAACCCUGUAUGUUCCUAAGACUGUUGUGUGAUCCAACUGAAUGUGUACUCGUCCUUGAAGAUGUGACUUGUAAACAAGGACUUUUGUACAGUUAUUGGCUUGUAAACAUUCAACUAAAGCAGGAUUAUGAC